AUGGAUGAGCAGACCUCCAGCGUGAUCCAUUCGCCCUCGUCCGCCAGGCACAGGGGCAGCAACGCGUCUGACAGCCGGGGUUAUGUCGAGGUGGAGAGGGGCGUGAUGACGGUGGAAAACAUGCUGGAGGAGUCCGCCGUGCUGUCGGCGCCUCACCUGUCGGUGGAUCGAUAUGAGCGCGGCCGCCAGGGAUGCUGCGAGAGGGUGGUGAUCAACAUCUCGGGCUUGCGUUUCGAGACGCAACUUAAAACUUUCAACCAGUUUCCAGACACGCUGCUGGGGGACCCCAGGAAAAGGAUGCGCUACUUUGACCCACUGAGGAACGAGUACUUCUUCGACAGGAACAGACCGAGCUUUGAUGCCAUCCUGUACUACUACCAGUCAGGGGGGCGCAUCCGGAGACCUGUUAACGUCCCUAUUGAUAUUUUCUCCGAGGAGAUGAGGUUUUAUCAACUGGGUGAUGAGGCCAUGGAGAAAUUCCGAGAGGAUGAAGGGUUUAUAAAAGAAGAGGAGCGCGUGUUGCCCAAAAAUGAUUUCCAAAAGCAGGUUUGGCUUUUGUUUGAGUAUCCUGAAAGCUCGGGACCAGCGAGAGGGAUAGCCAUCGUUUCAGUGCUUGUUAUUUUAAUUUCUAUUGUCAUUUUCUGCAUGGAGACUCUCCCGGAAUUUCGGGAUGAGAGAGACCAAGCCACGGUGGCACCCGCGGUCAACGGCACUGCUCCCUACGUGCCCAGCCCGUUCACAGACCCCUUCUUUGUGAUAGAGACACUGUGCAUCAUAUGGUUCUCUUUCGAGUUGCUGGUCAGAUUUUUCGCCUGCCCCAGCAAAACUUGCUUCUCCAAAAACAUCAUGAAUAUCAUUGACAUUGUCGCCAUCAUCCCCUACUUCAUCACUUUGGGGACAGAGCUGGCGGAGAGGCAAACCAACGGCGGCCAGCAAGCGAUGUCCCUCGCCAUCCUGAGGGUGAUCAGACUGGUGAGAGUCUUUCGCAUUUUUAAGCUCUCACGCCACUCAAAGGGACUUCAGAUUCUGGGGCAGACCCUCAAGGCCAGCAUGAGGGAGCUCGGUUUGCUUAUAUUCUUCCUUUUCAUCGGAGUUAUUCUCUUCUCCAGCGCGGUUUACUUUGCAGAAGCAGACGACCCCUCGUCCAGCUUCACCAGCAUCCCAGAUGCGUUUUGGUGGGCAGUUGUCACCAUGACCACAGUCGGAUACGGGGACAUGCAUCCGGUGACCAUUGGUGGGAAAAUAGUGGGGUCGCUGUGCGCAAUAGCAGGCGUGCUGACCAUUGCCUUACCCGUGCCUGUCAUUGUGUCCAAUUUCAACUACUUUUACCACAGGGAGACAGACGGAGAGGAGCACUCACAGUACGCGAACACGGGCAGCUGUGAGCACCUCCCCUCAGAGGAGCUGAGGAGGUCAUGCAGCUCCUCGUCCCUCAGCAAGUCGGAGUACAUGGUGAUAGAGGAGGGCAACAACAGCGCGUUCAAACAGCCCAACUUCACCACCGAGAACAACCAGAACUGCGUGAACAUCAAGAAGAUCUUCACAGACGUGUAAAUGAAGC